CUUUGUGAUUGUAAUAUGCUAUGGAUGCAGCAGUGGUUACAAGAAAGAAAUAUAACUGUUCGUGACACCAGAUGUGCAUAUCCAAAAUCACUACAGGCUCAACCAAUUCUGAGUGUAAAGCAAGGGCUUCUAACAUGUGACCCUCCCCUGGAGCUGCCGUCCUUCUCCAUGACCCCCUCCCACCGGCAGCUUGUCUUUGAAGGAGACAGUCUGCCUUUCCAGUGCAUGGUGUCCUACAUUGAUCAAGACAUGCAGGUCCUGUGGUACCAGGAUGGGAAGAUUGUGGAAACCGAUGAAUCCCAGGGGAUUUUUGUGGAGAAGAACAUGGUUCGUAACUGCUCUGUCAUUGCCAGUGCCCUGACCAUCUCAAACAUUCAAGCUGGAUCUACUGGAAAUUGGGGGUGUCACGUGCACUCCAGGCGCGGGAACAAUUCAAGGACGGUGGACAUUGUGGUCCUGAACAGCUCUGCCCAGUACUGCCCGCCGGAGAGGGUGGUCAACAACAAAGGGGACUUCAGGUGGCCCAGAACUCUGGCGGGCCUGGCUGCCCAGGUGCUCUGCACGCGGUACUCGGCCGGCAGCGGCAUCUACAUGGGCAGCUCCCAGGACGAGAGGAGGGCAUGGCGGAGGUGUGGCAGGGGAGGCCUCUGGGCCGAAGGGGACUACUCCCGUUGCCAGUACGCCAACGAUGCCACGCGGGUCCUGUAUAUGUUUAAUCAGAUGCCGCUGAAUCUCACCAACGCGGUAGCCACCGCCCGGCAGCUCUUAGCCUACACUGUCGAAGCAGCAAACUUCUCUGACAAAAUGGAUGUUAUUUUCGUGGCUGAAAUGAUAGAAAAAUUUGGAAGAUUUGCCGAGAAAUACAAAGAGCUGGGGGACGUGAUGGUGGAUAUCGCUAGUAACAUCAUGCUGGCUGAUGAACACAUACUCUGGAUGGCCCAGAGGGAAGUCAGAGCCUGUAGUAGGAUUGUACAGUGCUUACAACGGAUCGCAACCUACCGGCUAGCUAACGGGGCCCAGGUUUACUCAACGUAUUCUCCAAACAUUGCAGUGGAAGCGUACGUGAUAAAGGGCUCCAGCUUCACGGGGAUGACCUGCACCGUCUUCCAAAAGAUGGCGGCCGCGGAUCGCUCGGCCUUCUCCGACUACGGGCGCAGAGAUCUGGACGGGGGUCUGGACAAGCAAUUGGGCUUCAAAUGCAACGUCUCCAAUACCUUGUCCAGCCUAGCCCUGAAGAACACCGUUGUGGAGGCCUCGAUCCAGCUGCCCCCCGCCUUGUUUUCCCAAAGGCACAGGAGGGAGAUCCGGCCCCCCACAGAGGAUGCCGUCUACAGGCUCCAGCUGAUGGCCUUCCGCAACGGGAAGCUAUUCCCCUCCACGGGGAAUUCCACGCCUUUGGCCGCCGAGAGGAGACACCUGAGGGUGGUGACCCCGGUCAUCCUCACCAAAACAGACGGCGUGAGUCCACCCUAUCGGGACGUCCCCAUCAAUGUGACCCUGCGGCGCAUUGCGCACGGGACGGAAGCGGUUGCAGCUCAGUGGGACUUCGACCUGCUGGACGGACAGGGCGGCUGGAAGUCGGACGGGUGCCGCGUCCUUUUCUCGGAUGAAAACGUCACAGCCAUCCAGUGUGUCUCCCUCAGCAAUUACGCUGUCCUGAUGGAUUUGACAGGGGAUGCCCAGUCAGCUGACCUCCUCCAUCCCGUUGUCUAUGUGUCUGCUGUGAUUCUGCUGCUGUGCCUCUUGAUGAUCAAAAUUAGCUACAUUUAUCACCACAGUGUCAUCAGGAUCAGUCUUAAAAGCUGGCACAUGUUAAUGAACCUCAGUUUUCAUAUUUUCCUGACAUGUGUGGUGUUCGUUGGGGGCGUAACCCAGACCAAACAUACUAGCCUCUGCCAAGCGGUGGGGAUCAUCUUGCACUACUCUACCCUUGCCACAUUGUUGUGGAUAGGACUCACAUCUCGGAACGUCUAUAAACAAGUCACCAGGAAAGCCAAGCGGUGCCAAGAUCCCGGGGAGCCGCCCCCCCCUCCGAGGCCGAUGCUGAGGUUCUACCUAAUUGGUGGAGGAAUCCCCGUCAUAGUUUGCGGGAUAACGGCUGCUGCAAAUAUAAGAAAUUACGGGAGCAAGCCUCACUCAGCGUAUUGUUGGAUGGCCUGGGAACCGAGCUUGGGAGCUUUCUAUGGACCGGCCGGCUUCAUCAUUUUUGUCAACUGCAUGUAUUUCCUCAGCAUAUUUAUACAACUGAAGAGGCACCCCGAACGUAAGUUUGAGCUUAAGGAGCCCACCGAGGAGCAGCAGCGCCUGGCCACCAACGAACACGGCAGCCUGAACAAUCAGGAUUCCCUCUCCGUGUCGCUGAUCUCCACUGUAGCUUUGGAAAACGAGCACAGCUUCCACGCACAACUUCGGGGCGUGAGCCUCACUUUGUUCCUGUACGUGGCUCUGUGGGUUUUGGGGGCCCUCUCUGUCGCUUCAUCUUAUCCCCUGGAUUUAGUCUUCAGCUGCUUUUUUGGAGCCCUGUGUUUGUGCCUUAGCAGUUUUUUAAUAAUGCACCACGGCGUUAAUAGAGAAGACCUCCGGCAUUCUUGGUUGAGGUCCUGCUGCCCCGGAAGGAGCGCAUAUUCGGUACAAGUUGACGUUCCGCCUUCGUCCGGGGCGAGUGGCUCUAACGGAGACCCCGCCAAGUGCACCAACAGCAGCGCAGAGUCCUCGUGCACGAACAAAAGUGUCUCAAGUUUAAAAAACUCUUUGCAAGGUUGCAAACUGACCAACAUCCAGGCAGCGGCGGCCCAGUGCCCUCUAAGCCCGGUGGCCCCCAGCGCUGGCCCUCCUCUGGACAACAGCCUUACCGAAUACUCUGUGGACAACGAGAUCAAGAUGCACGUGGCCCCUUUAGAGAUGCCUUUGCGGACAAACGGGCACCCCGGCCGCCAUCACAAAAACCGGAGCAAAGGGCACCGUGCCAGCCGACUGGCCGUCUUGCGGGAGUACGCCUACGACGUCCCCACCAGCGUGGAAGGGAGCAUCCAGAACGGCUUAAUUAAGACGCGUCAAACUACGGCCGAAGGGCACUCAAGGACCCGGAGAGCUUACCUGGCCUACAGGGAACGCCAGUAUAACCAGUCCCAGCCGGACAGCAGCGACGCUUACAGCUCUCUUCAGAAAGGACACCGGAACACCGACCAAGCGGGGCCGCCCAGCUUGAAAAAGGAGCCGCUGAGGAAGCCCAUUGUGGUUGAGUUGGAAGGGCAGCAGAAGUCCUACGGCUUAAAUUUAGCGGUCCAGAACGGACCUCUGAAAAGCAGCGCCCAGGAUGGGACAUUUCUGAGUGCCGACAGCACUGGAAAUAUUAGGACUGGCUUCUGGAAACAUGAAACUACUGUGUAGUGCUACUGAACAUCCCUAAAAGGGUUUAAAAAGGGAACAUUCGUUCUCUGCUCCAGACAAUUUUCUGUGGUCGACCUAAUGAAGGCAUUUGAAGUGGGAGGCCCUCCCGGGUGAGAUGGCUCUGCUUGUUGGGUCUGCUUUUAGGAAGUGCAUCUGUGACCAUUUUUACACUACUCCGUUGCUUUGGGGUGCCAAACUCGGACAGUUAAAUUCUUUUUUUUCCUCUCUCUUUCCAAGUGAGAUCGUUCUUUGAUACGUCCGAUACAUUUCAUUUUUGUAUUUAAUUGUG